AAUGUUCAGAGACGCUGGGAAUUUUAGAAGCAGCUAGAAGAUGGUGGCUUGUGGACACCUUUUCUUCUUCUCAAGCUUCUUCUUAAUCUCUCAGGCUCUUGGAGCUUCUCAGUGCUCAAUACAGGGAUUGCCUCUGGUGAGGAACAUUAGUGAGCUUCCACAAGAUAACUAUGGAAGGGGAGGUUUAGCACACAUAACAGUUGCAGGUUCACUCUUGCAUGGGCUGAAAGAAGUUGAGGUAUGGCUUCAAACAUUUGCUCCAGGAUCUCACACACCAAUCCACAGGCACUCCUGUGAAGAAGUUUUUGUUGUCGUCAAGGGAAGUGGCACCCUCUAUCUUGCCUCAAAUUCACAUGGAAAGUACCCUGGAAAGCCAGAAGAGCACUUUGUCUUUGCAAAUAGCACAUUUCAUAUCCCUGUCAAUGACGCUCACCAGAAUAUUGAAAGCUAGAAUUCCUGGGUUAUUUAGAACAAUUCUUAUAAAGCUGGUCUGGAAUACAAAUGAAUAUGAGGAUUUGCAAGUGCUAGUGAUAAUCUCACGCCCUCCUGUCAAAGUGUUCAUAUACGAGGACUGGUUUAUGCCUCACACCGCCGCAAAGCUGAAGUUCCCAUACUAUUGGGAUGAACAAUGCCUUCAACCUGCACCUCAGAAAGACGAACUUUGAUAUUCAAGCCGUUCCCUCCUCAUAUAGCCAACGGAAUCCGAUGGGAUUACUUAACAAUUUUCCCAUACGACAAUACUUGGAAGUGAAGAAUGCAAAGAUGGUUUGUAAGUCUAUCAUAACACUUCAUUAGUGGGAUUAAUUCUGCUUUAAAUAUCUUAAGCGCUCCAUUAUUUUGUGGUGAUGCCAACUCGUUGACUUCAUAGUAAAUGGGAUUAAAACUACAGAUUAGAGUUCUGACUUUUUGAGUUUUGUUAAUUUAUGCUGUAACAGAGAUAUU